UUAAUCCGGUUAUUUUGUUAACUGAAACCAGUGAUUUUGAAGGGAUUAAGUAGGAAGAAUUUGCUGUAAACAAGUCAACUUAGAGCUUGAGUAAUUCGAAAAUGGCCGGCGUGGUGGACGAGGAUUUGGUGCGGUUCUGUAAUUUGUGAGUUACGUGUCAGUAGAUAAAUGGGUUCUGAGACAUCUGUCUUCAUAAAAAGCUUUCAAUCUGAAGAGAAAACAGUUCCUUGACCAAGGGAACGGGUCUGCCAAUUUGCCGUGUUUCCAGUGCAGAGAAAAAAUCGCCUUCAUACGUGUCAGAAAUGGAUUCUACGGCUGCCAUUAUAGAGACUGGAUCCGCCAAACGGAACAUCCGGAACAAAAUGUUAUUUUAGCUCGGAGUCUGUUACCGCGAAUUAAAGAUUUUGGGUGGAGAAUAUUUGUUUUUCAGAUUUCAUAUCCAGCCAUUAUUGAAUAGCGCAAUUUGGCGCGUUAUAGAGCUGUAAUUACUGUGGCCGGCUGGGAGGUGAUCCAAAUUUGGGGGAAAUAAGUACAAGCGAUAGAAAUUUCCGCAUUUUAUAUUCUCUGUUGCGCCGGCCGUGGCGGCCUUGGUUUUGAGGGGUGGGGUUGUGAAAGUUUGUUGGAAGUUAUAAACCCUGGUUUUGAGGGGUUUUCGUGGGCUGAAUUUUCGUGCUUUAUAGGAUUUUCAGUAUGCAGAGGAAAGGAGAUCUGGAGGAAAGCCCGAGGGCGAGAACAAAUGUGUUUGAAAUGUUGAGGCAAUUGUGCUGGAAGGGCAGUGGAGCGGUAGCGCUUGGCUGGGGUUUCUAUGUGCUUUUUCUGGUGCUUUCUACUCAUCCCUGUUGGGAGUCUUCAGAUUGCUGGGCGGCGCUCUUCAUUGGCAGCCAGGGAGCCACAAAAUUUGCUGCAACACAGACAAUAAGGUCGUCUGGAAAGACUUCGAGUGGAAGUGCUACUGGUUUGGAGCAUAUUGUGUUCGGCAUCGCGGCUUCUGCUGAUAAAUGGAAGUGGCGGAAAGAGUAUAUUGAUUUGUGGUGGAAACAGGGGAAAAACAGGGGAUUUGUGUGGCUCGACCGCGAGACCUCUGAGCCGUGGCCGGUAAAUUCUCCUCCGUUUAAAAUCUCGGAGGACACUUCGCGCUUUAAGUUUACUCACCCUAAUGGAUACCGUUCUGCUAUUCGGAUUUCGCGAAUUGUGUCAGAGACAUUCCGAUUGGGGUUGCCGGAUGUCCGGUGGUUCGUCAUGGGAGAUGAUGAUACGGUGUUCUUUACGGAGAAUCUUGUCAAGGUUUUAGGUAAAUAUGAUCAUAAUCAGUAUUAUUAUAUUGGCAGCAAUUCCGAGUGCGCAGAGCAGAAUAUGGUGCAUUCUUUCAGCAUGGCGUAUGGUGGAGGAGGAUUUGCGAUAAGUUAUCCGCUGGCGAAAGCUCUGGCCAGAAUUCAAGAUGAGUGCCUGGACAGAUAUUCGUCAUUGUACGGCAGCGAUCAGCGGGUGCACGCCUGUUUGGCAGAGCUCGGGGUGCCUCUCACGAAAGAGCCCGGUUUUCACCAGGUGGAUCUGCACGGCAAAUUGUUGGGUAUUUUGGCGGCGCAUCCUUUAACACCGUUAGUUUCCCUCCACCAUCUGGAUGUGGUGGCGCCGCUGUUCCCAAACAUGAGCCGGGUGGAGGCGCUGCAGCAUCUGAUGAAGGCUGUGAAGGCCGAUCCGGAUCGUGUUGUGCAGCAGAGCAUGUGUUAUGACAGAAGAAGGAACUGGACAUUGUCUGUCUCUUGGGGAUACAGUGUGCAGAUAUACGGCCGUAUAAUGCUCCCGCGCCUUCUGGAAUAUCCGCUGGAAACCUUCAAGUUUUGGAUGGGUUGGGCGCGCUUCCCCUUUGUGUUUAACACCCGCCCAUUGUCGCAAGACCCAUGCCAAAAUCCCAGUGUUUUGUAUAUGGAGACCAUGAAUGAUUCCGGUUCCCCAGAAAUUUUUAGCAGCUAUACUAGGCAGGCAGAGGUAGGAGAGAAGAGUUGUAACGCCACUGUUAAUAAUCCCGAAGAGAUAAAGAGGGUUAGAAUUGUGUCCCACAAAAUAAUUGUUGAUUGGAGACAGGCUCCGAGGAGGCAGUGCUGUGACCUGGUUUCCUCUGGAAAAUCUGACAUUGAAAUUAGUAUCAGAAAUUGUAGGGAGGGAGAAUCAAUGUCUCCCCCUUAAUUGGUUGCAUAAAGUUUUCGUUUUUGUCUUUUCCCCUGUAGAUAAAUAUGCCCAUUGCAGAAUUUAUUUUACUUCACAAUUUAUCCAAGUGGGCAAUGUAUAAGAUACGUUGGUGUGGUGGCGUGAAUUUAGUUCUAUGAAUAAUGAGAGGCAGAGCAGCAACAUGAGAAUUAAAUUGAACGGACAUUUUCCAUUGGAAAGUAUUUGUGUCCAUUUUCUAAUUUUUCUCUGGUUUGUUGUCACCAACGGUCAAAUUAGCACAAGGAUGUGCCGGCCACUCAGUCUGACAAAUAUUCAAAAUACGUUUUGCACAAUUUUUGUUACUUGUUCAUCAGGUUAACUUAUCAUGCCCAGCGGGAAGAUGAUAAAGAUAACUGUAUGGAUUAUGGGUUCUUUACAUUUUCAUGGUGGGUCAUAGAAUAUGAUUCUAAAUAUUUAUGUAAAUUUUUUUUAUACAAAAUAGAGAUAUCAUUUUUCA